CCGGGCCCCGCCCCUCGCGGAGCACUCAUUGGCCUUAGGGACGGGGCUUAGGUACAAGAUGGCUGCCGCGCGCCGGGACCCCCCGAUUCCGAGCUCAUCGACCCGGGAGUCGCCAUCUCCGGAGCUGCCGGACCUGGUCCUGGUGCCUGAUGAUGGCCACCCUGCCACACCCCCAAGUGACCUCAUCGAGAUCCAGGUGGUUAAAGUCACCGAUACCACAUCCGUCCCUGAGCCCCCAGAGCCGGGAUAUUUUCACUGUGCCCUGUGUCCCGCUGCCUUCCGCCUGGUCUCAGAGCUGCUGUUUCACGAACAUGGCCACUUGACUGGCGUGGAGGGGCUUGGGCAGGGUGGAGACCCUAGCCGUUGUCACGUGUGUGGCCACAGCUGUCCAGGUCCUGCUAGCCUUCGUGCCCACUACAGCUUGCACACUGGAGAGCGGCCUUACCGCUGCCCACUCUGCCCACGGGCUUUUAAGGCCUUGGCACCUCUGCUAAGGCACCAGCACCGACAUGGGGCGGAGCCAGGCACCUCUGGAAGGCUUCCACCCGCAGCAUCAACCGGACAGCCAAACCCAAGGAUGGCCCAGGAGAGGUCAGAGGUGAUGAUGGCUGCAGCGGCUGCGGGGGCCGUGGUAGGCAAGCCUUUCGCCUGCAGGUUCUGUGCCAAGCCUUUCCGCCGCUCCUCAGACAUGCGAGACCACGAGCGGGUGCACACAGGGGAGCGGCCCUACCACUGUGGCAUCUGUGGCAAGGGCUUCACGCAGUCCUCUGUGCUGAGCGGUCACGCCCGCAUCCACACUGGGGAGCGCCCCUUCCGCUGCACGCUCUGCGACCGCACCUUUAAUAACUCCUCCAACUUUCGCAAGCACCAGCGCACCCACAUCCAUGGACCAGGGCCUGGGGUGGGAGAGUCUGGAGGCCUACUGAGAUCAUCUUCGGUGGCCCGAGAAUCAGGGAGUAAGUGUGGGACAGAGAACACUACGGAAGAGUGUAGAGAGACUGUGAAGGCGAAUGUGAGGGUUAACCAGUAGGCUGGGAAGUAGGCAACAUAUUGUAGGGGAGGUGGGUGGGGAAAGAGAGGCAG